CUGUACGUCUCUGUAGAUGGAGAAAGAGAUGUGGUCUUUGAUUCCUUUUGUUUCCUGCAUUUUCUCGGCUAUCAAACGGCUUCAAUUAUCUCCGCUUUGGACUGUAUUGUUUAUUCGGUUAACAGUGCCAGUUUCGUUGCUCUUUUGAAAACUUGAAAACUUGAAUCGGAUUUUUUGUGUUGUUCUGGUUUAUCGAGAUUGAAGUCGCAAAUAACUGAAGCUUUAUGAUUCAGAUUUAGAAGUUCUUUUGCUUUCCUACAUUUUCUCGGCAGCCAAGCAGUUUGAUCAGCUCUGCUCUUAACGUAUUUGUGGAGAAAUCUGUGAACAAGACCGUGCUUGUUGAUUUGAAGAAUGGAGGAUGUGGAGGAGCUGCAAAGUCAAAAACUUGACCAGGACGAUGAAAAUGAAAUAGUUACUGAAAAUGCAGCAUUUGUGCAUGGGGAACCUCUUCAAGAUGGUACUGGUCCUCCAAAAGUUGAUUCUGAAGUGGAAGUUCUUCAUGAGAAGGUCACAAAGCAAAUCAUGAAGGAAGGUCAUGGUCAGAAACCAUCCAAAUACUCAACAUGUUUCUUGCAUUACAGGGCAUGGACUGAAAGCACCCAGCACAAGUUUGAAGACACAUGGAAUGAACAACGUCCAGUUGAAAUAGUCAUAGGAAAAGAGAAAAAAGAAAUGACAGGAUUGGCUAUUGGUGUCUCCAACAUGAAGUCUGGUGAACGUGCCCUUUUACAUGUGGGUUGGGAAUUGGGCUAUGGGAAAGAAGGAAGUUUUUCUUUCCCGAAUGUUCCGCCUAUGGCAGAUAUUUUGUAUGAAGUUGAGCUUAUUGGCUUUGAUGAAACUAAAGAGGGGAAAGCACGUGGUGACAUGACCGUGGAGGAAAGAAUUGGAGCAGCAGACCGAAGAAAGAUGGAUGGAAAUGUUUACUUCAAGGAGGAAAAACUAGAGGAGGCUAUGCAACAGUAUGAAAUGGCCAUAGCAUAUAUGGGAGAUGACUUCAUGUUCCAGUUGUUUGGGAAGUACCGUGACAUGGCUUUGGCUGUGAAGAAUCCAUGCCACCUUAACAUGGCAGCAUGCCUGAUAAAGCUGAAGCGCUAUGAAGAAGCCAUUGGUCAAUGCAGCAUUGUAUUGGCAGAGGAUGAAAACAAUGUCAAGGCAUUAUUUAGACGAGGAAAAGCUAGAGCAGAACUUGGGCAAACAGAUGCUGCCCGUGAGGACUUCAGUAAGGCCCGUAAAUAUGCACCUGAAGACAAAGCCAUUUCAAGGGAGUUACGUUUGCUUGCAGAACAUGACAAGGCUGUUUAUCAGAAGCAAAAGGAGAUCUACAAAGGAAUCUUUGGACCACCACCUGAACCCAAACCCAAGAAAACUAAUUGGCUAAUCCUCUUCUGGAAAUGGCUGGUGUCAUUACUCUAUUCCCUCUUCAAACGGGAAAGACACAAAGCUGAUUAAUCUGAGCUCCGCAAUAACCAGUUGAUCUGUAAGAAAAUUUACUUACAAAGCUGGUGGUCGAUAGAUUAUUGUUAAAUGUUGCUGAUGACUCCCAGUCUUCAAUGUUCAGCUAUAACUUCUGAACUUGUUCUAUAAUAUGCCUGGAAAUGCUUGUGAACGACUUGAGUGAAUUGCACCAAUUGUAUGACCUUUUAUCUUUUUGGGGAACUUGAUGCUUCUUUUUCUCUCUUCCUUUUUGUCAUUGCCUCAUCUAAAACAAGUUUUGAUUCUCUUUCUGUAAACAUUUGGAAUGGAGUCUUCUCUAAGGGAUCAUCGUUAGGGUUUGAGAUAGGAUCGUAUAUAGAAAUCUAAUUAUCCAUGAUUUUAUGUUA